GACAGACCGGUGGACCGGAUCCGAUCGACUGCGCGAGGCGGAAGGUGCUGGCACGGGGCUGACAAGAGAGACAGGGAGUGUGCCCUCAAGAAGCUCAUCCUCUAGUGGAAGAGAAAGGCCAGAACACGGCCCUGGCUGUCCGCCCUGCACCUGCCUGGGAAGCCGCUGUGGGGCCCUUGUCCUGUAGCAGUGGGGUGUUCUGCAGGGACAGCAUCUUCCAAGGCUGGUGGAGCUGCCUGCUGUUUGCAGCCUGAUCGCCCACCCAGGACUCCUCCACAGGGAUGCCCUCCUGAAGACGGCUGCCAGACCCGCUGUUCGCUCAGUGCGUUGGCAGCUCAGAGCCUCACCCCUGGGCACCAUGUCUGGGACCCCAGAAUUCUAACCACACACCCUGCCCUGGUCUCUCUGUGGCUGCUGAUCCCGCCCUUUUCCACACCUCCUCUUUAGUGCCCAUGCACUGACCCUGGGGGACAGACAGAAGGAGGCAGGGACAGGGAAGGCCAGGCCAUGGCUGCUCCCAGGCCCCACCCAGGCUCCUGAGGCUUGGAAGGAGAGGGGGCUCCUAGGACUCCCAGGGGCUCCCAGGAGCCUCUGCCCAUUGCCCUGCCCUCCCUUCCCCUUUGGCAAGGUGCCAGGAAGCUGCAACUUUAUUAUCUAGGCAAUUAGCUACAGACCCUGAACUAAGGCAGACAGGUCCUGCUGCUUCCCAUAGGCUGUGCACCCUGACCCCAAGAGGGAGGGAAGGAGGCCCUGCCCUUGAGGAGCCAAGCUGCCAGGAUUCCUGAGAGGUGGCUGCCGGUGCCCUCCCACGCUACCCUUUCUGCCAGGAGCCUGUGCCCUUAGGCUGCCUGGGCCUGGUCACGGAGUGGAGUCUCCUGACCCAGCCUUGCCAGAGGCAGAGGGCACCAAACCUUGAGGAGGGGAUGCCCCCGAGAGUGCCUGUCCAGCCAGCUGCCCCACCCCUCAGGUCCAGCCCAGUCCCCUUGUUUCCCCGUCUGGUGCCCCGAGCAGUCCCCCUGGCCGGCAGCCCCCGCCAUGGCCGAGCACCUGGAGCUGCUGGCAGAGAUGCCCGUGGUGGGCAGGAUGAGCACGCAGGAGCGGCUGAAGCAUGCCCAGAAGCGCCGUGCCCAGCAGGUGAAGAUGUGGGCCCAGGCUGAGAAGGAGGCCCAGGGCAGAAAGGGCCACAGAGAGCGGCUGCAGAAGGAUGUGGCUGUCGGCAGGCCACAGAAGCGGGUCCUCUUCCCUCCUAGUGUCACCCUUCUUGAGGCUGCUGCUCGAAAUGACCUGGAAGAAGUCCGCCAGUUCCUUGAGAGUGGGGUCAGCCCUGACCUGGCCAAUGAGGACGGUCUGACAGCCCUGCACCAGAGCUGCAUUGACGACUUCCGGGAGAUGGUGCAGCAGCUGCUGGAGGCUGGGGCCACAGUCAAUGCCCGAGACAGUGAGUGCUGGACACCCCUGCAUGCUGCAGCCACCUGUGGCCACCUGCACCUGGUGGAGCUCCUCAUUGCCCGUGGUGCUGACCUCUUGGCUGUCAACACUGAUGGUAACAUGCCCUAUGACCUGUGUGAGGAUGAGCCAACACUGGACUGCCUUGAGACGGCCAUGGCCAACCGUGGCAUCACCCAGGAUGGUAUUGAGGGGGCCCGGGCCUUGCCGGAGCUGCGCAUGCUGGAGGACAUCCAGAGCCUGCUGCGGACCGGGGCUGACCUGGAUACCCCUGGGGACCACGGGGCCACGCUGCUACACAUUGCCGCUGCCAACGGGUUCAGCGAGGCAGCUGCUCUGCUGCUGGAACACCGGGCCAACCUGAGCGCCAAAGACCUUGAUGGCUGGGAGCCGCUGCAUGCCGCAGCCUACUGGGGCCAGGUGCACCUGGUGGAGCUGCUCGUGGCACAUGGCGCCGACCUCAAUGGGAAGUCCCUGAUGGAAGAGACGCCUCUUGACGUGUGUGGGGACGAGGAGGUGCGGGCCAAGCUGCUGGAGCUGAAGCACAAGCAGGAUGCUCUCCUGCGCGCCCAAGGUCGUCAGCGCUCUCUGCUGCGCCGCCGCACCUCCAGUGCUGGCAGCCGGGGGAAGGUGGUGAGGCGGGUGAGUCUGACCCAGCGCACCAGCCUGUACCGCAAGGAGCAUGCCCAGGAGGCCAUUGUGUGGCAACAGCCGCCUCCCACCAGCCCAGAGCCCCCUGAGGAGGAUGAGGACAGCCAGACAGACACUGAGCUCAGGCCACCGCCCCCUGAGGAGGAGGACUCUGAAGUGUCCAGGCCACACAACGGCCGAGUGGGGGGCACCCCAGGACGGCACCUGUACUCCAAGCGGCUGGACCGGAGUGUCUCCUACCAGCUGAGCCCCCUGGAGAACACAGCUCCCAGCACCCUGGGCCGGGCCAAGGCCCACCACACCCUGGCAGAGCUCAAGCGCCAGAGAGCAGCUGCCAAGUUGCAGCGUGGGCCUGAGGCUCCUGGGUCUGGUCUGCCUGCAGAUGCUGACACUCCCCAGCCUGAGUGUGGCUCCAGGGCUGGUGGAGACCCGCCCCUGCUCAAGCUCACAGCUCCGUCAGAGGAGGCCCCCGUGGAGAAGAGGCCAUGCUGCCUGCUCAUGUGAGGGGCUGUGCUCAGGGUGCCAAGGGUCCUGCUGCCAGGCCUAGCCAGAGGCUGCUUUCAGGGCCUUUUGCUGAAGACCCUGACAUGUAACUUGUGGGCCAGCAGCCAGCGCCAGACCACCCCAGCUUACCCCAUCCAGGACUCCACCUCUUCACUCAGGAACGUACCUGUGGCAGAAGCCAUACGUGGGGGGCACCUGGCUACAGAGACCUUGUUUCAUUCUGUGACUCUUCAUAAAGAGCCCUUCUGCCACCUGCCUUGUUGUGUCUCAGCUGGGCCACUGUCCCUGUGGUGGGGAGCUGCUGUGUUGCUGAGCUAGGGUGCGCCAUCUCUAGCACCUGUGUGGGUCCUGUAGGUACAUGCUAGGGUUUGCUGGUGGUGGCCCAGCCUGUGUGGGAGUGGGGCCCACAGCCACUGGGCAAGAAGCUUGGCCCUUGCUGAAUCCUGCCUUCCCAGACUCCUGGAGGUUCCUCUGUAACUCUUUGCUUUCCUGAGGGAGAGGGAGCUUUGGAAGGAUACUCCUUGGGAACCAGGGGUGCAUGCCAGAGGAGCACAGACCCUGGUCUGGGAAGGGAGGGGCCAGAGGCAGAGGGGCAAAGAUGUACAAGGUCAGUAUCAGGAACUGGGGGAAUGUUGGAGGUUUCUCCAUUCCUGGCACGCAGCCCAGUCCUGGGGCCUAGCUGCCAGCUUCCCCUGGGCUGGCAAAGGGGACCAACCGUUGGCCACUCAGGCUCUGAGCUGGCUGGGCGUGAUGUGUUGGGGUGAGGGGUGACAGGGGGCCCUUAGGGGCCUCGCGUGGAAGUGCUGAGGGCACUACCAGCUGUUUUGU